AUGGCAACUUCCAUCCUCCACCCAACAAGCGCAGCAACAACCCUCCGGCAAGAAAUAUUAGACACAAUCAUGACCGUCCGUCGCCUCCGUCUAAUGGUCAUCAUCCCCGCCGCCCCCCGCCGCUCCGGCAGUCCCCUCCCACUCGCCUUCCUCUUCAUCCAGCCCUUCCUAUCCGACUGGGACGAGCUCGACAUCAGCUGGGGCUUGUCUGUGCGCGCGCAUCCGGACCAGCGCCAGACCUACAUCCAGAUUGAUAUUAGUACGUUCCCCGGGGCGCGUGUGUGGGAGGGCCGCGGGGAUGAUUUUGCGUUUCCGGUUUACGUGCUGAAUUCGGAUCGGGAGGGGAGGAAUUGGCAGUUUUACAGGUAUGCGACUAGGAGGACGAGGCUUGAUCGUGGGUUGGUGGGGGAGAUUGCAAGGUUGACGCUGGGUGGGAAUGAGGUUGAUUGA